GGAAAUUUAAGUAUUUUUGUAAUAAAGUUAUUAGCUUAGUUACAAUCAAAUAAUUGUGGGAAUACAAAUAUAUCAUAUCAAUUUUAAAUAUCUUCAAAAUUAUCAGUAGCCAUCUUGAACAAAGCGUUUACAUACAAACACAAACAGUGGUAGUGGUGAAAUGAAUUUGAUAAAAAGUUAAAUUUUUUAUUCCGAUUCUGUGACAAAACAUUGUAUUGUAAAUUGUAAGUAGUUUAGGUAAUAUUACGUUAAUAUUUGUAUAUGAAAUGUUUUCUUAGUUAUGGCAGCAACUAGAAAACUCCAAGGUGAAAUUGAUCGGUGUCUUAAAAAAGUUACUGAAGGUGUUGAAACUUUUGAAGAUAUUUGGCAAAAAGUUCAUAAUGCUACCAAUAGUAAUCAAAAGGAAAAAUAUGAAGCCGAUCUCAAAAAGGAAAUCAAGAAAUUACAAAGAUUACGUGAUCAAAUUAAAAGUUGGAUUGCAUCAGCAGAAAUCAAAGAUAAAACUGCUUUACUUGAUUAUCGAAAACUUAUAGAAACUCAAAUGGAAAGAUUUAAAGUAGUUGAGCGAGAAACUAAGACUAAAGCUUAUUCUAAAGAAGGGUUAGGAGCAGCACAAAAAUUAGAUCCUGCUCAAAAAGAAAGAGAAGAAAUAAGUGCUUGGCUUACUCAAUCAAUAGAAUCACUUAAUAUACAAAUUGAUCAGUAUGAAUGUGAAAUGGAAUCCUUAUUAGUGGGUAAAAAGAAGCGAUUAGACAAGGAUAAACAGGAAAAACUAGAUGAUUUAAAAGCAAGAGUAGAACGACAUAGAUUCCACAUACGAAAAUUAGAGACUGUAUUGCGAAUGCUAGAUAAUAUGUCUGUUGAAGUAAAGAAGAUUCGCACCAUUAAGGAUGAUGUAGAAUAUUAUAUUGAAGCUUCUCAUGAAGAAGAUUUUAUGCAUAAUGAUGAUUUAUAUGAUGAUGUGAUUGGUUCAGCAGAACUUGAAUUAGGCGUUUCUGCUAAUAAUUCUACUGAAGCUAACGGUACACCUACAAGUCAAACAACAAGUAUUGCUGGUUCAUGUCCAGCAUCUCCUGCUCCAAUGUCACAUAAUCAUUCCAUUGAAGAACCUUUAUCUUCUAUACAAACAGCAAUAAUAACAACUUCUACGCCCGUUUCAAUAACUACUGUAACAACAACAUGUGAAGUAGUUUCUACAAUCUCUACUGUUUCUACAGUUGUAACUAGUAUUGUCUCUUCUACUAAUACUAUUACUACACCAGCAGUUGUUGUUCCAGCAGCACCUAUACCUGUGACAGCUCCAGCAUCAGUUCGAAAGAAAAAAGAAGAAUCAACAAAGAGUGCAGUAAAACCAACUCCUGUGAGGGCUAAUUCUUCAAGUAAUGCAUCCAACACUAAAGGCCCUACAAUAGCAGCUGUUGUUAAAUCAUCUGCUAGUAAUAGUACUACUUCUACUCAUACUGUAUCUCAAACAAUAAUCACUCAAUCAACUACAACUACUACUGGUAAUUUUGCUACUGUAGCUGCUUCAAAUCUUCAUAAUAAACAUACACCACAGCCUGUAGAGUCCAAUUCUAAUGUAACUUCAAUAACAACAUCCCCAUCCUACCAUGGAGUAAAUGCUUCAACCGUGCAAGUUAGUUCAGUAACUACAGACAAUAUUGUUAAUUGUGUUUCUACUACUCCUUCAUCAUUAAGUUCCACUACUUCACCUGUACAAAUUGAUCCUCAAGCAUCUUUAUCGUCACUUAAAACAAUGGCUCAAAAAGCCAUUGAUCAAGCAGGAAUUGAUGUUUCACAAUCGGUUAAUAACACAAGAAAUACAAUCUUAAAUACUGUUCAAAAUUCAACCAAUCAUCUAAAUCUUCAACUUCAACAAUCCCAGCCUCCUGUGACAUUUGAUGCUAAUAUUUCUCCAUUAUUAGGAGUUGCUCCAUUGGGUCCUGUUCCACUCUCCAAAGAUCAUCAAUUUCAGUUUACUAUGCUAGAAUCUGCAUUUCUUCAUUUACCUCAUCCUUCAGAUUCAGAAAGAAUUAAAUUAUAUUUACCACGUAAUCCAUGCCCAACACCCCAUUAUUAUAAUCAAGGGCCACUUCCUCAUUCUGACAGUUUAGAAUUUUUCCAAAGGCUUUCAACUGAAACACUUUUUUUCAUAUUCUAUUACAUGGAAGGGUCUAAAGCACAGUAUUUAGCAGCAAAAGCAUUAAAAAAACAAAGCUGGAGGUUCCAUACUAAAUAUAUGAUGUGGUUUCAGCGGCAUGAAGAACCAAAGUUAAUAAAUGAAGAAUAUGAACAGGGAACUUACAUUUAUUUUGAUUAUGAGAAAUGGGGUCAGAGAAAAAAAGAAGGAUUCACAUUUGAGUACAAAUAUCUCGAAGACAGAGAAUUAAACUGAAGAUUGUGAAAUGCACAUAGUCAUCUUCUAUAAAAUUUAAGAAUAGUCCAAAUUUAUUAAUGGAUUAUUUUUUGUCCUCAAAAAUUGUGAUAACGUGAAAAUAUGAAGAAAACGAUAUCGGAAUGUACAACUUUUUUAUAUAAAUUAAAAACUGUAAUAAGUCUUUGUUUUUAUGUAUAGUACAUAUUAACUAAGUGUUGUAGGUAUUAAUGAACUGCUUAAAAAUUAAUUUAUAAGUUCUUAACCACAAUAUAGUAGAAUCUACAAUGUAUAAAAUAAUAGAUCCCACUUAUUGUUUGUAAUAUUUUUGUUAGAAUAUACAAUUUCUUUUAAAUAUGUAGAUUUCAAUAUUUUUUUGUUAAAAUACAACUGUAUGAACAUCCAAAAUACAUUAAUAGAUUAAUUAUUAUUAUUUAGAAACUUAGUUAAAAUUCUCAUAGUUUAAUGUAAGUGUUUUUCUGUAUUUGUACUCUUUUGUACCUCAGAUUUUUGUCUUGUAUGUUAUUAAAUCUGUGAUUUCAAAAAGUCAAGUUCAUAUUUAGUUAGUGUAAUUUAAAAUUGAAUGAAUUACUUUAAAUACCUUGGAUUUCAAUAUUUAAAUAUUUAUUAUUUUAAAAUUAUUUUUUUCAUAGUCUAACAUUAAUUUUCAGUGUUAUGGACCGAAUUUAUUUUUUUUACUGCUGUAAUUUGUAGCAUCAAAUUAAGAUAUUCAAUUUUUUUAUAAUAGUAAAAUUGAAGAUUAUUAUUAAUUUUUAAAAAAAAUAUUUUUUCAAGGUGUUUAGAUUGUAUUUCAUAUGAUUUUUGAAUGAACAUAUUUAUUUCCUUAUCGCAGACAGUGCUUAGAUGUAUGAAAAUUUGAAUUUUUUUAUUAAUUUUAAACCUGUAUUAAAAUAAUAUCACACUUAAAAAAAUUUCAUUCACUAAUGAUAAUAUUUAAAAAAAUUGCACAUAAUUGAAAUCCUUAACUAAAAAACAAAUAUAAUUCUAUCUUGAAUCUGAGAUUUUUUGUGUAAUAUAUAUAUAUAUUUUUUUUUUGAUUGAAGAUACAAAUUAAUCAUCAUCCUCCUUUUCUUAAAUAACUGAUUUAUUGGCAAAAUGUAUUUUUAUGAUGUAAUAGUUCUCAUUUAUUAUUUUAGUACAGGAAUGUUAUGUUUACCUUACAACAUGUGAUUUAUCUUAAGGAUAAUAUUAAUGUUUUUUUUUUACCAUUAUAAUUGUUGGCUGUUAUUCUAAAACUAUGAUUGUGUUUAAUGGAAAAUAGAUUAACAUAUUGAUGUUCUGUUCCAACAGCAUCAUUUUAAGAUCAAUCAAAUGAUAAAUGUACAAAUAUAAGCUAUUAAAUAAACAAAUUUUUUUUAACA